CCUGGCCGCUCACCCAAAUACCAUAUAUACGUACACCGUUACACAAACCAACUCUCGGCACUGGCGUCGUCGAACACGUCGAGAUAGUCUUCGAGGUUGCUCAGACCGGCCUCGGCUCACCUCCCUUCGCCCAUCAUCGCUGCAACGCGUGCAAUCGAUGCAGUCCAUGCCCUCCUCGUCGCUUCAAUCUCUCGACCUUUCCCCAGAACCCGACCUUCACCCGUUGUACCCGUCGACCGCCUAUAUCGCCGUUCUCCUUUCAUCGCAUUCCGGCCUCACCCCGGAUCAAAAAGUAGAACUUGUCGCUCACUGUCUUGCACGGUCGUGUAUUUUUGGAGAGUUAUCUGUCCUUCAAUAUUUGUUGUCGGACCCGCAGGCGCAGAGCUACGUCGAUUUGGGCAUACACGAUGAAGAUGGCCAGGGUCUCAUCAGCCUGGCUAUACACGGCUUCGGCGCCGAGUCAGAACGAGACGUAGAAAGGGAAGAAUGCGUCCGUCUACUUAUUGUGCAGGGCGCUGACAUGAGUCCUGACAAAAGUGGUUGGACACCGCUGCAUCAUGCGGUCCUUCUUUCGCCUCCGACACUUGUAUCCCACUUAAUGACUCAUGGUUGUUCACCUUUUGACGUUACGCGUCGCAAUCUUACUCCUCUAGACAUCGUAACAGCCCACUCCAUUAUACCUGGACGAGACGACGUUGCACUGCUCCUAGAAGAAGCUAUGCGCGGCGAGGGCUGGACAGGAGGGAGAAUGGAGGAAAAUAGACACUUGUUUGACCAGCGGGAGAAGCGUAAAGGCAAGCAGAAGCACGUCCAGGAAGACGUCGGAAGAGUACUUGGUGUUCAUUCAAAGUGGUGGGCACGAGACACAGAUAAUCCUUCGUCGGACUCCGAUGACGAUGGUGAUGAAGACACUGAAGAUGAGACCUUGUUUACGCCGCCCGUAGAUUAUUCCUCCAUGCUCGUAUUCUCUCCUGUAGCUCUGCCGCUAAUUUUCGACUCCCUCAUCAUCAACUUUCAGCCCUCUUUCAGAGAUUCCACGCCUGCAAACACGCUCUAUAUGCUGGCACGUUUUGCGUGUUUGACUUGCGAUCAUAUCUGGCUUGAAGAUUUAAUUAUUGGUGCCACGGACUGCAUAGAAGAGACAUUUUUUAACAAACCCGAAGACAUCACCUGCCUUGUCUUUUGGUUGUACAACACGACUCUAUGGCUACAUCUUAUGCAGUGUGACAACUCCAUCAAUGAAGCUUGCGAGAUGCUGGGAUCUUUCGAAAUCAUCGAAGAAGUCAUCAACUCAGUGUUCGUAUUUAUCAUUCGAUUUGCUGAGCGACGUGUAGAUCAGUUGCUCGAUGCUGUCCUACUUGACUACUCCUCCUUGGGUUUCGAGUUUGAUUCAAUACAGUUUGAGUCGGAAUGGUCAGUCUUUCGUGCGCUGGGGAUGAAAAAAUCUCAACCCGCCAUGAAUGCAUCUAUGUCACGGAGUUCGCCUUCUUCCCCACCGAGCCCUAGUCCGCAUCGUCCUUCUUCUCCGGCCCCUCAUGGAACAAUGACUUCAUCAUCUAAAGGCGGCUUUUCAUCAUUGCGGCAGAGCUUUGCUCGAGCUCGGGGUCCAACGUCGACCACCUCUUUACAAUCACUGUUUUCGGAUGCUCCACCACCGCCUUCUCCCGCUGACCUUAUCUCCUUCUUAACGGCUCUGCAUACCCUGCUAACACUCUCCGAUAUCAAUCCGGCGUUAACCACACAGUUGUGGUCGCAGGUGAUGUAUUGGACGUCAUGUGAGAUGUUCAACCGUAUACUCACACGCAAGAAAUAUCUUUGCAGGUCCAAAGCCGUUCAGAUUGGUAUGAAUCUAAGCAGCGUUGAAGAAUGGGUAGGUCAGAUGGGGCUUGCCCGGGGAGUUCAGACCCAUUUUACUCCUGUGAGGGAGCUUCUGAACUGGCUUCAGUGUCUUUCAUCGAUUACCGAAUUCCCUAACCUUGUCGCCACCAUUCAAACCAUGAAGUGUCUCAAUCCUCUCCAAAUGAAAAGGGCUGUCCGCGACUACAAAUAUGAGGUCAAUGAGGGUCGGAUGACCGAUGAGUGUGUUCAAUAUCUUACGCAGCUACAGAAGGAUUGGGAAAGACAUCGUGUAAAGCUGGGUGUCGAAGCUCUGCGCAAAGAGAUGAGUGAGCGAGAAAAGGAUCGGAAACGCGAGGAAAGUCUUUCAUCGUCACUCAAUGAUUCCAUAGAUCAGUCCAUCCAAUCGGUCUCCUUUCCUUCCGACUCUUCGGAUUUGCCACCAAACCAGAACAUAGACGUGUUGUUUGACAAGGACGAUGGAAACACAUCGUGGGAGCCUCCGAAGCCUCCACAAGUGCUAGGAGAGUUGUUGGAUUCACGAUACAUGCUUCCUCUACUAUUCCCCUCCAAUCCCCGUAUGUUGGCUGCGGUACCAAGACCUCUACCCUUUCCAGAUGACGGUAAAAUGAAGCGCUUGAGCUCUGUUCUCACUUCCGAUUCCAGGAGUGACAACGACGCCAAUUUGGAAAGUCGUUGCAUGUGGCGGGCGAGACAUCGAAAGGUUAGACAAGUCGGGAUAGGGACACUGAAAUGGGUAGAUGGAGCAAGAUCGGCUUCGCGUUGGGGUCGACCAACACUUGACGACGAGGACCUUGAGUCAUCUGAGGAGGAUGGGGAGACAGAACUGAAAGUUGAGACGCAUAUAACACCGCUGACUCGCAAACCUUCUGGCAGAACGAAGGGAAGACUGAGCCAUGGAGGAGAUACUACUCCGAUAGAUCGUUAGUUAGAAUAAACCAUAUCGAUACCACACCAACAACAUUUACCACACUUUCAAUCGUGUACAGUAUAGUACCACAUUUAAUGUCGUGUGCUUGGAC